GCGGAGAGGCCCCGCUGGCGGCCAAUCGCGGCGCGGGGCCGCUGCGUGUCGCCCCGUGAGGCGGCUGCGCCGUGGCCGUCGGGCGCCGCUCAGCGCCGCGGCAGCCCCCGGGCAGGCCCCAGGCCAGGCCCCGCCGCCCGCACCGGCACCGGCCCGCAGCCCCCGCGGAGGGCGGGGAGAUGCAGCCCCCGGGGCCACAGCCGCCGCUCUACGCGCCCAGCAACGGGGACUUCACGUUCGUCUCCUCCGCCGAUGCCGAAGAUCUUAGUGGGUCCAUAGCAACUCCAGAUGUUAAGCUAAAUCUUGGAGGAGAAUUCAUCAAAGAAUCUACUGCAACUACAUUCCUGAGACAGAGAGGGUAUGGCUGGCUUCUGGAAGUGGAAGAUGAUGACCCAGAAGAUAACAAGCCGCUUCUGGAGGAACUUGACAUUGACCUGAAGGAUAUUUACUACAAAAUUCGAUGCGUGUUGAUGCCUAUGCCAUCUCUUGGGUUUAAUAGGCAGGUAGUGAGAGACAAUCCAGAUUUCUGGGGUCCUCUGGCAGUUGUCCUCUUCUUCUCAAUGAUUUCCUUAUAUGGACAAUUUAAGGUUGUUUCUUGGAUUAUAACUAUUUGGAUAUUUGGAUCCUUGACAAUUUUUUUACUGGCCAGGGUUCUUGGAGGAGAUGUUGCUUACGGCCAAGUUCUUGGUGUGAUAGGAUAUUCUCUACUUCCCCUCAUUGUCAUAGCACCUGUACUUUUGGUGGUUGGAUCAUUUGAAGUGGUUUCUACCCUAAUAAAAUUGUUUGGAGUCUUCUGGGCUGCAUACAGUGCUGCAUCCUUACUAGUCGGAGAAGAAUUCAAGACCAAGAAACCCCUUCUAAUUUAUCCAAUCUUUUUAUUAUACAUUUAUUUCCUGUCCUUGUACACUGGGGUGUGAUCUAGUGAAAGAUGUGGCCAAAACCCAUGUUUUAGUCACUUGCAGACUGAAUGCGUAAGAUUAAGGAGGCUGGAGAAUAAUACAAGUGACUGUUUUGUAUCCAGUUGUCAAGAUGUUUUAAGAUUGAAGAGCAUAUUUGUGUAUAUUAUUUAAUGAAGUAAUUGUAGCUAUAUAGAUUUGUAUUAAAGUUCUAGGUUUGUUUAAGACUCUUCAGAUUUUAAUGAACAAAAUAAAAGAAUCUUGUGUUUUAUAAGAAAGUGUAGCAAAAAUACAACUCCGUACCUGUGCCAAAAGCACUAGGACCAGAUUACUAUAUUUGAGGAGAAAAAAGAGAAGUUAACUGUAACAAUCUCCAAGUGCAAUUUUUCUUUUGAGCUUAAACACAGCUGGCUUUUUUGGCACAGCAAAUUCUGUAGAUAAUAUAUAUAUUUAUGGAACAGUCCUGAUUGUUCACAGAAUAGCCUGUAUAAUCAAGACAUGAAGAUACUACUUUUAAUUUAGUGCCUCAAUUACUUUGAUUUGGCUGUUGAGUUUUUAUAAAUUCCAAUUUGUUUCAAAACAUGUAUAUACUGUGUAUUUUGUAUGUAUGGCUUGUGUGUAGCAUAAGUACUCCUUGGUUAAGGAUGUAUAUUGGGUUUUUAAAGUUUAAAAAUGACAAGUAUUUGAAGUCUUCAUUCACUAUCUCUGACCAAAGGAGCAAGACAUUUACUGCGUGACGUAAUUAAAUUGCUUAUUUAGAGGAUUUAAUUUACUUAAGUUUAAAAUUACAGAAAGACAGGUGAACACCUUUCUCAGUUGUGGCUGGCUUAAUGUCAGAAGAAAAAAAAGACGAUCUCUCACAUUUGUUUGACCUCUAAACGAUGUUAUUUUAUGAUGACAAAAUAAAAAGAAUGCUUCCCUAACUGUUUUACAACAUCUUGCUCUAUUUUGUUUUGGGUAGCAUGGUAUAUAACCUGCAUCCUUUUUUUCCCAACAGCUGUUAACCCCUUGCAAAAAGAAAUAAGAGCUGUAAGGUCAGAUUCUUCCCCCAUAAGUGAGUUAGAACUACAGCCUCAGUACCAAUUAUAAGUCUUGCUAAUUUUGACUAUCCAAGGAUUGUGUAAUAUGAUGACAUGUUAAAUAUUUCCUGUGUACUGUGUUGAUUGCUUAUGUAAUGGUCCUUAUGGUAAUGUUUCUUCGCAAGGAAACUCCACUGAAAUUCACUUUGCAUGGUACUUAGUCACUUGCAAUCUUCAGUAUUUAGUAUUACCAAAUAGAUCAUAAGUAUCUUUUUUUGUAAUCUUGUGUCUUGAGCAGGGGUAGGUGGAAAGCAUUCCCUGUGUCUUUUUUCCCCUCUCAAUGCUGGAAAUAAAAAUCAACCAUGACAAGGUAAUAGUAAGGGCUGUCUUUGAUCCCUGAUGGAUGUAUUUCCUUAUCAUAACUGUAGUUUCUCAGCUUUUUAGAUACUACAAUGGCAAGUUUUGCUAACUUUUGCCACUCACCAAUUGCAAAAUGCAUACUGAAAUUCCAACGCUACCACAAGCCUUUACCUUACCCCAGCUGCUUUCCUGGCUGACGCUUGCAUUGGUUUUAAACAGAACUACUUAAACUUGAUCCUGGACACAAACUGUAAAAUAACAAUCUAGCAUAUAAUAUGUUAAUGGAGAAAACUGGUUGAGUGACCAACUCUUCACCUGAUUUUUUGACUUCUGUGGAAGUUUUGGUGGAAUUGCCAUACAGUCAUACUAAACCAAUUAAUCUAAGCUGGCAGCCUAGUGCUUGUCUAGAAGUGUUCUGAGGGUAUUCAUAUCACGCUUUAAAAAAAAAGUUUACCCAGGAAUGCACAUUCACUGUGGAGUCUUGUGUAAGAAUCUGGUCAUCUCUGUCAUGGCUAUGUUUUGUUUUUUUUUAACAGGAAUGUCAAACUAGAAGACUCCAGCUACACAGGCAUAAUUCAUGCUUGACAUCACUGACAAGUGCAUUUGGGUUAUUAGGCUGUCAGGAAGCUUUAAGAGGAGCUCCUCUUUGCAUAGCUGUUUAUUUGAUGUUCAUAAUGGAUGUGUGCAUCUCAAGUGAUUCAAAGGAUGCAAGAAUGCUCUACUUAAUCUUGAAAUACUUUCAUUUUCUCUCUGCUAAUGUUCUGUGAAAUUUAUAGCUGCAACUUAACUGUUCCUUCUGACAGAUGUGGCAUGUGUAAUAUGCAAUGUCGAUAUGCACUUAACAUAGUACAUAUUUUGUACACAAUUGCAGAUUUGCACCUUUUAAUCUCAGUAUCUUUAGGGUCACCUUUUGCAUACGCUGUGCAAAGAAAUAUGUACAAACAGCUCUCAAAUGGUUCUCAUAGUUUGUAUUAACUUUGCAUUCAAUAAAGUUAUUUUUAGAUAA